AUGUCUUGUAAUAAGUCAGCCCUCAACAACUUCUGGAAAGUCGGUCGUUUCCCGUCCUUAAGAGUGAAGUCGGACGACUGCAGCACAGUGAAGAGCUCUGUACCUGUUCACAAGAACCCUUGCAGCUGUGUGGCAUGCUGUGGUCGUGAGGCUGUUGUGGUGCAGGAUGGCUCUCACACUAUGUCUUGUGAAAAGUCAGUGAACUCUUGCCCCGUCGGAUGUUUUGCCAUCACUCCGGUGGACGACUGCAAGAAAGUGUCAUGCAACGUGCCAGUUUACAACAACCCCUGCAACCACGUCCCACCAUGCUGCGAUUAUGGUUUUAACAGCAACUGCAAGAAAGUAGCAUGCUGUGUGAAACCUUGCACUAAAUCCUACCACUGCAUCCCAUCAGCCUGUGAUUCUAGAUGUAAAGACGACUGCAAGAAAGUGGCAUGCUGCGUGCCAGUUUGCAACAUCCCUUGCAACCCAUUAUACUGUGAUAAUGGUUGUAAAGAUGACUGCAAAGUGGCAUGCUACAUUAAACCUUGCUCUGAAUCCUACAACUGCAUCCCAUCAUGCUGUGAUUAUGGAUGUAAAGGUGACUGCAAGAAAGUGGCAUACUGUGUGCCAGUUUGCAGCAACCCUUGCAACCCUGUCCCGUCAUACUGUGAUUAUGGUUGUAAGGAUGACUGCAAGAAAGUGGCAUGCAACAACUUAUGCAGUAACCCCUGCAACUACACCCCACCAUGCUGGAAUUAUGAUUGUAAGCCUGUUGCUUUCAAGGAUAUUAAAGAUGACUGCAAAGACGUGUCACCAUGUUAA